UUAUUUCCAGAGCCCUGGAAAUGGAGGAGAGAGAAGUUCUGACCCAGUUCCUCUGCUUUCAGGAAGUGAGCAUUACUCAGUUGUAGGGCUGAAGUUUGUUUUCAGACUUCUUGAAGAGCAGAUUAAUCAGAUUUCAGCCAAAGCUACUUAGAAACCAACUUCUUGGUACCAUAUAUGCCUGGCCUGUGACCUUCUAAGUCAAACCCUGACUCAAGUGAGAGGACAAUCACAGCGGCAAAGGGAAGACAAGGGCCAGCCCUAGGCAAAAGCCUGAAUUCUGUCUUCUGGUGCUCCCUCACAGCUUUUUUUUUUUUUCAUCUACCCAAGGCACCCAUAUCUGCUCUGAAAGGUACCCAGAGGCUACCCAUCACUGCUCCUGCUACUUUCUGAAUUUGGCAGCACUGACCCAAGAGUGAAGUAGGAAUAGUGGGUGCUGAAGCAGGAACAAUGGGAACUUGGGUUUUUAAACAGUAUUUCCUGAAGGCAAGAAAGACAAGAUGAUCCUGGAAAUGUUCAACCCAAUGCAUUACAAUCUCACUGGCAUGGUACCUGAAGCAAUGCCAGCUGCUACCAUGCCAAUCCUCCUCCUCACCUGCUUUCUCCUCUUGGUUUGGAGUUAUGAAGACACUUCCUUAAUCCCAGGUCCUGGUUACUGUAUGGGAAUUGGGCCCCUCCUUUCACAUGGCAGAUUCCUGUGGAUGGGAAUAGGCAGUGCUUGUAAUUAUUACAAUAAGAUGUAUGGUGAAUUUAUGAGAGUAUGGAUCGGUGGAGAGGAGACACUCAUCAUAAGCAAGUCUUCAAGUAUGUUCCAUAUAAUGAAACAUAGUCACUAUAUUUCUAGGUUUGGAAGCAAACUUGGGUUACAGUGUAUUGGAAUGCAUGAAAAUGGGGUCAUAUUUAAUAACAACCCAGCUCUCUGGAAAGUUAUUCGACCUUUCUUUACAAAAGCUUUGUCUGGGCCAGGCCUUGUGCGCAUGGUGGCUGUUUGUGUUAACUCAACUGUAAUUCAUCUGGACAAACUGGAGGACGUCACCAAUGAAUUGGGUUAUGUCAAUGUGCUGAACCUCAUGAGACGCAUUAUGUUGGAUACCUCCAAUAUCCUCUUCUUAGGGAUUCCUCUGGAUGAAAAUGCCAUUGUGGUCAAAAUACAGAACUAUUUUGAUGCGUGGCAAGCUCUCCUUCUCAAACCAGACAUCUUCUUUAAGAUAUCUUGGCUAUACAAAAAGUAUGAAAAGUCUGUCAAGGAUUUGAAGGAUGCCCUAGAAAUUUUAAUAGAGGAAAAAAGGCACAGGCUUUCCACAGAUGAUAAGCUGGAAGACUGUAUGGAUUUUGCUUCACAAUUGAUUUUCGCCCAGGGGCGCGGAGAAUUGACAGGUGAGAAUGUGAACCAAUGCAUCCUGGAAAUGCUGAUUGCUGCCCCUGACACUCUGUCUGUCACUGUGUACUUCAUGUUACUGUUGAUUGCAAAGCAUCCAAAGGUUGAAGAGGCAGUAAUGAAUGAAAUCCAGACUGUUAUUGGUGAGAGAGACAUUAAGAUGGGCGAUGUGCAAAAAUUAAAGGUGGUAGAAAGUUUCAUUUAUGAGAGCCUGAGAUACCAACCUGUUGUGGACUUGGUCAUGCGCAAAGCUUUGCAAGAUGAUGUGAUUGAUGGCUAUCCGGUGAAAAGGGGAACUAACAUUAUCUUGAAUAUUGGAAGGAUGCAUAGACUCGAGUUUUUCCCCAAGCCGAAUGAAUUUACCCUUGAAAACUUUGCAAAGAAUGUUCCUUAUCGUUAUUUUCAGCCAUUUGGUUUUGGCCCCCGUGCCUGUGCAGGAAAAUACAUCGCCAUGGUAAUGAUGAAAGUCAUCCUUGUCACAGUUCUGAGGCGGUUCCGUGUGCAGGCGUUGACAGGAUGUUGUCUUGAACGCAUUCAGAAAAAAAAUGACUUGUCUUUGCAUCCAGAUGAGACUAGGGACUUGCUGGAAAUGAUUUUUAUUCCAAGAAAUACAGAAAAAUGCCGAGCACAAUAAAGAUGAUUAUUCAGCA